UGAUGAUUGUUUUCAUUAAAUAUAUUUUAUAUGUGAUUAAUUUUUCUAUGGAUUUAUGUUAUAAAUAGUGUAUUAAUUAAUUGCUAAAUAAUGGUUACGACUGACAACUCGGGCGAGACAUAUAAACCUGUGACAGGUCUUGUCUACCUGUUCAAUCUGAUCGUAGGGACGGGUGCGCUGACAAUGCCGGCCGCCUUUGCCAACGCCGGUUGGGCCGGCUCUACGGUUGUGGUGGUCGUACUUUGUCUCGUCUCAUACAUUACCACCACAUUUGUCAUCGAAACCAUGUCUUUGGCCAACGCUCUCAUUAAAUACAAUCAACAAAAAGGUUUUUAAUUGUUGUUAGUCUAGUAUUAACUGUGGCUAUGGCUUAAUUAGUUGGCUUGUAAUUGGUUUGUGAAUAGUUUCCUGUAGUUAAUUUUAGUUAUUACCC